AUGGAUGAAUUCUCAAUAGAGACUAGAAUGAGACAAGUUGUUUAUGAACUGUCAUAACCGUUAAUGAUAAGAUUAUCUGAUUGCCUAAGAUAAAUUGAUGAAUAGUAACUGAGCAUUGAUAAUUUAAAGUAGUAAAUUAGAUAGUAAAAUGAGAGUCAACAAAGUAAUUAGCUUGACGCUGCUAAGAGAUAUACUGAAAUUGAUAUUCUCUUGAAAUCGUAGAGAAUUUUAGAGUUAGAAAUAAUAAAAAAUUAGCAUCAAGCCCAAUAAUCAUCUGCUCAAUUGAAAUCAAAAAUCGAAUUUAUGGAAAAAGAAGUCGAAUAAUAAAAGAGUCAUUCUUAGUUUGUUAUUAAUUCAUAAUUAAAAACUUAAAAUGAUUUCGAAUAGCUAAAGAAGAAAUAAACAGAGUAUGCUGAAACAUUUAGCAAAAAAAUUGAUGAAUUUUUUAAAGAUUAUUUUACAUUUUUUGUAGAUUGUAGAAAUUAAGUGAGUUAAAUCUCAAAAAGUUAGCAAAUGCUAUUGAAAGAUGUUUAAAACUAGAGUGUGUAAUUGGAACAAUUAGGGAUACAUAAAGAUCUAUAAGAAAAGAAGUAAUCUAGUUUAGAUUUGAGAGUUGAAUGGAUUGUGAAAGAGAUGAAUCAUUUAAUUAAUGAGGAUUUUUUUAAAUUUACUUUAGAUAAAGAAGAACAGUCAAGAGCUGAAGAUAAUCGACUUUUGAAGGGAACUAUAUAAAAUCUAUAGAGUUAAAUUGAGGUUAACAACGUAUCCAUAGAUGAAAGAAUAAAAGGGUUGGAGACGCUUGAAUAAUAAAAUCGUUAGUAAGGGAACUCAUUUUAAUAAUAAUUGAAUAAUUAGACUGAGAAUUUUUAGAAGCACUUUAAGGAAAUUUCUAAAGAAUUGUAAGACUAUAAUAAAACAUUAAAUACGAUUGAUGAAUUUAGGAAAAAGAUUUAAGAAAAAAUACCAACAAUUGUAAACAGUCACUUAGCAGUGUUCUAAAUCAAUAUUAAUAGUUAAAUGAAUAAGCUUUCAGACCAGUUUAAUAGUCUCAAAGCCACUAUAGCCAAAGAAAUGUCAUAGGAGUUCAAUUAUAAAUUGGAUGAUAUACGUUCAUAAUUAUUAACUGAAUCCUUAAAAUAAUAGAGCAUUAAAUUAGCAGCCUUUGAAUCAUAAAUGUUGGAGUAGAAAAAAAAAUAAUAAAAGAAGGAUGUUGAACUCUAGGUUAUUAUAUCUGAUAACUCAUUAAGUUAAUAGGAGCAGCUAUAAAACUUUAUAAUAGAAUAAAUUGGUAUCAAACUUACAAAUUGGUCAUAAAUAGGAUAAAAAGUAGGUAGAAUAAAUAGCAUGGCUACUAAGGGAGGGUAUAAUUUAACUUAGCUUGGUUAAGUUGACAAUUAUGAAUUUUUGGAUGAGAAUUUAGAAGAUGUGAAGGCAAGUGUUAAAUAGAUUUUGUUGGAUAUGAAAGAUGAGAUGGAGUAAAAAUUAAAGGAAUAUGAGACUAGUAUUACAACUGCUAUGUAGAAUUUUGAUAAAAAUCAUUACCAUGUAUUGAAAUUGAAAUCAGAUAUAUUCAAUGACACAGAGUAUUUGAAUAAUCAAAUAAAAAUCCUAUUCAGAGAGAAGGAUGUAAUAAAUAGAAAGUUUUAAUUGCUUUUGUAAUUGUUUUCGGGGAGCACUGAGGUUGCAUAAAUAACUGCAGCAUAUCUACUCAAAUAAUCGAAAGACCAGAUCAAAUUUACAUCGACUACAGGAACAGUUUUUGAAUUGAGAAAUGAGAUAUGCAACUAUAGAUAGAUAAAUUAUUCUAUAGAGGACCUCUUGAAAAAAUCAUUACAGAGUGUCAUAGAUUGUUGGGAUAAAAGUGAAUUGUUAGAAACAAGAGAAUAUAAUCCUCAUUGGUAUUUCAACAAAUAUAUACAUAAAAAUCUAGUAGGUCAAAGUAAAACCUUAGACCAAUCUUAAGAAAAAACAAAUAUAUACACAACUUAAACAUAGGCUGAUUGUGAAGUAUAUGUAAAUAGAUCUGGGAGGUAAAGGAAUCUGUCUUAAAGACACUCCAUUUUGAUGAGUUUGGAUUCAACAAGACCGAAAAGAGUUGGUGCGAAUUCAGUUAUGAAAUAAUCAGAGCGUGAUGAUUCUAAUGAGCGUUUGCCAAAGGUAAAAAAGUGA